UUGACAGUAGCUCUGAGUUAUUGUACCUUAAGACAUCUAUUUCUAAUACACUGCUAUCCUUUGUCUGAACAGUGGUGAAUGGACUGUUGCUGCUCACUGCUCAAGCUCAGAGCAGUUACUAUAUUCAGAAAGCUGAUGCAGUUUUUUUCUCGUAUUGAUCCAAACAGACUGCAGUUCUUUGAAUAUGAAUCCAUCUCAUUUUAUUGUGAGGGGUUUCAUGGUCCAACGGAAUGGAGAGUGAUGAAAAAGAUUCCCUUGAAUACUACUCGAUGGGCUACAUCGAAAGGGUUCUUGAACAUUAAAGUAGCCUUUGAAUCACACAGUGGAGAAUACUGGUGUGAAAAUGGAGAGGGAGAGAGAAGCAACAGCGUUAACAUCACGGUUACUGCUGGUGAUGUGAUCCUGGAGAGUCCUGCUGUCCCUGUGAUGGAACAACAGACUAUCACUCUGCGCUGUAGAAAAAAGGUGACAUCCGACAGCCUUGCAGCCGAUUUCUACAAAGAUGGACACUUCAGUGAGACUGGAUACACAAGCCAGAUAACCAUUCACAAUGUUUCCAAGUCCAAUGAAGGACUUUACAAGUGCAAAAUCAGUGGAUUUCGAAGAGCAUCACCAGAGAGUAGGCUGGCUGUCACAGCACAUGUUACUCCCACACCUGUAGAGACAACACCUCAAGGUGGACAAGAGUCUUCUCCACAUCCUCCAUACCCUGGCUCCAUUCAGCUCUCAAUCCUUUUACCGGUUAUCUCCUCUUUUUUGUGUGUGGCAGUGUUGCUGUCGGUGGUGGGACUACUUUGCUGUCGGAAACAUAGAGUCUUUCAUUAG